CACUUGCUAAAGAUUUCGCUGUUCUAGUGGAAGGACGCGUCUUGUGCAGUUCUGUACUUUCAAUAUGAAUUGGAUUACUGUAGUUGUUUUUGGAGCAUUGACUGUUGGUAUCGUUGAGCCAGCCAAGAAGUUUCGUUGGUGUGCCUAUAAGAAGGAGAUGACCAAAUGUCAAGCAUUUGUCAAAAUCUUCCCAACUUUGGCCAGCCUUACAAACGUCCAGGACGUUAUGGAGGGUUCUUGUGUGGAAGUAACAAGUGACGAGGACUGUAUGAAAAAGAUCAGGGAUAAUCAAGCAGACUUCAUUACUCUUGAUGCUGGAAAGGUUUAUGCUGCUGGAAAGGAAUAUGGCCUUGUWCCAAUAGUGGGCGAACUUACAGAUGCCGAAGGUGUGGGUUACUUUGGAGUUGCUGUUGCWAAGACRUCAAAUAAAGACAUCAAAUUAACACAACUCAAAGGAAAAAAGACCUGUCAYACUGGAUAUAAGAAGACAGCCGGUUGGAUCCUUCCUAUUGGAUACUUUCUCAGCGAACACGAAAAAGAUUUCCGUAMAGGCUGUGGGGAUAAUAUUGAUGCCCAGUCUGCUUCUAARUAUUUCAAAGAAAGCUGUGUUCCAGGUGUCCCAUCUCUUUAUAACAAUCUGUGUGCUCUUUGCCCCGGCAAGAGCUGUAAAAGCGACGGUAAUGCUUAUGCUGGCUAUCACGGUGCUUUCAAAUGCAUGAUGGAUGGGAAAGGUGACGUAGCAUUUGUCAAACAUCUUACGACAGGUGAAGUUGUUGGCUAUGACAAAAUGGGUGAAUACAAGUACUUGUGCACUGAUGGAACAAGCAAAGUGGUGACAAAUACGUCUCACGUCAACUGCAACUUUGCGCGAAGUAAGUCCCACACUGUUGUAGGAAGAUCAGGUGACAACGCAGACAUCACCAAGAUGYUGGUCAAAGCAGGAGAGGUUUGUAAACCAGCUACAGCAGCACAGUGCGGCAAUUUCUCCUURUUUGAGUCUAAAAUGUAUGGCGGGGUCAACCUUCUUUUCAAAGACUCAGCCAUUGAAUUGAAGAGUGUUGGAAGUAACAACACUUAUUUGAAAUGGCUGGGUAAUUAUGCGAAAGAUGUAGAAGCACUGAACAAAAAAGGUCCUGUAUGCAGUGCGUUUGUCAUCUUCACUACUCUGCCAAGUCUCAUUUGUGCCACCAUUGCACUCGCGAAAAAUUUACUUUUUAGCUUCAAUAUGGCUUGGAUUACUGCAGUGGUGUUURCAGCAUUGAUCGUUGGUAUCGUUGAGCCGGCAAAGAAUUUUCGUUGGUGUGCCUAUGAAAAAGAGAUGAAGAAGUGUGAAGACUUUGUCAAAGUUUUCCCAAUUUUGGCCAACCUUACAAACGUUCAGGGAGACGUGGAGGGCUCCUGUGUGAAAGUAACAAGCGACGAAGACUGCAUGAAAAAGAUCGAUAAUAACGAAGCAGACUUGAUCACUCUUGAUGGUGGAAAGGUUUAUAUUGCUGGAACUGUCUAUAAACUUGUACCSAUUGUAGCUGAACGUACAGAAAGUAUCGGUCUUGGUGGUCUUGGUUACUAUGGAGUUGCUGUUGCUAAGGUAUCGAAUAUAAACAUCAAACUGACAGAACUCAAAGGAAAAAAGACCUGYCAUACUGGAUAUAGGAGGACGGCAGGAUGGAUCCUUCCUAUUGGAUACUUUCUAAACAAGCAAAAAGAUUUCCGUAAAGGCUGUGGGGAUAAUAUUGAUGCCCAGUCUGCUUCUAAGUACUUCAAAGAAAGCUGUGUUCCAGGAGUUCCAUCUGGUUACGACAAUCUGUGUGCUCUUUGCCCCGACAAGAACUGUAAAAGCACCGACAAUGAUUAUGCUGGCUAUCACGGUGCUUUCAGGUGCAUGAUGGAUGGGAUAGGUGACGUAGCAUUUGUCAAACAUCUUACAACAGGUGAAGUUGUUGGCAAAAACAUGAGUGACUACAAGUACUUGUGCACUGAUGGAACAAGUAAAGUGGUGACAAAUACGUCUCACGACAACUGCAACUUGGCACAAAGUAAGUCCCACACUGUUGUAGGGAGAGCCGGUGACAACAAAGACAUCAUUAAGAUGUUGGUCAAAGCAGGAGAGCUUUGUAGGCCAGCUACARMAGCACAGUGCGGCAAUUUUUCCUUGUUUGGRAAGUACGACGGUGUGUCCAACCUUCUUUUCAAAGACAAAGCCAUUGCUUUAGAGGACGUUGGUGAUAAGAACACAUAUUCGAAAUGGCUGGGCGAGUAUGCGAAAGAUGUAGAAGCAGUAAACAAGAAAGGUGAUCCAUGUGGUUCUGCACCGCCACUGACUUUGGCAAGUGCUAUCCCAAGUCUCAUCUUUGCAACCUUUGUGCUUGCAAAAUCUUUGCUUUAGUCAAAACCUAUUGAUUCAAUAUUAGCUAGUUCUAGCACUAGCACAUAGUACAAGCAAAGAGGUAUUUAGCUAAGAUAAGUUUGAGACGUUUUCAUUGUAAAACAGCAGAUCGAACAACAUUGCCUUCAGCCAAUAGAAUUUAACUGGCGGUCUUUCUUGAUCUAGCGUAGCUUUGUAAAAUGAAGAAAAAUGACUAAUAAAGAGUUUUUCUGAAACCGA